UAAUUUUUCUUACAGCGCAUGCGCAAGUAAACCAAAGAGGCUCAUGGGUACAGGAAGUCCAAAAUGGCGAUGGACGGAAUAAUGUCCACGUCCACCGGUCUUUCUUAUAGCAAUGUUGGGGAGUUUUACCCCCGAAAAUUCGGCCCAAAGCCGGAUGUGGUGCCGUCCGGGGUGACGGAGAGGAAGGUGGGUCCGCUGGAUAAGCCUGACAUGGUGUCGGUGGAUGUCCUGAACCUACAGAAUCCAGAUGUCCCCAUGCACAGGAAGAAGCAGGAACAUGACACCUAUGUUUUGGGCACUUUUCAUCCGUUUCGGAAGUCCAACAGAUCUGUAGUUGGGAGGUUCCUGCAAGAAGUUCGCCUGGUCGCCUCGGAUCGACGGUCGUGGAGGAUCCUGCUGUUCGGGGCGCUCAACCUGCUGUGCACCGGCUGUCUGCUGAUGUGGUGCAGUUCCACCAACAGCAUGGCUUUAACCGCUUACACGUACCUCACCAUCUUUGACCUCUUCAGUUUGAUCACCUGUCUCAUCAGUUCCUGGGUGACGAUGAAGAAGCCCAGUCAGUUCUACUCGUUUGGGUUUGAGAGGCUGGAGGUUUUGGCUGUGUUUGCUUCAACCGUCCUCAUCCAGCUGGGGGCUCUGUUCAUCCUGAAGGAGAGCGUGGAGCGCUUCAUGGAGCAGCCUGAGGUCCACACCGGGCGCCUGUUGGUUGGGACCUUCGUCGCUCUGUUCUUUAAUCUUUCCACGUUGAUGUCUGUCAGGAACAAACCCUUCGCAUACGUUUCUGAAGCGGCCAGCAGCAGUUGGCUUCAGGAACACGUGGCUGACCUGAGUCGAAGUUUGUGCGGCAUCAUCCCGGGUCUCAGCAGCAUGCUCCUGCCUCGGAUGAACCCCUUUGUCCUGAUCAACAUGGCGGGAGCACUGUCCCUCUGCAUCACCUACAUGCUCAUAGAAAUCAAUAACUUCAACGCGGUGGACACAGCAUCAGCAGUCGCCAUUGCUCUCAUGACGUUCGGCACCAUGUAUCCCAUGAGCGUCUACAGCGGCAAAGUUCUGCUGCAGACCACGCCCUCCCACGUCAUCGGGCAGCUGGACAAGCUUCUCAGAGAGAUCUCCACUUUGGACGGGGUUCUGGAAGUUCGGAACGAGCACUUCUGGACCGUUGGUUUUGGAUCUCUGGCUGGCUCCGCCCACGUCCGUAUCCGGCGGGACGCCAAUGAGCAGCUGGUUCUGGCUCACGUCACCAACCGCCUGCUGCCGCUAGUCUCCACCUUAACGGUUCAGAUCUUCAAAGACGACUGGACGCGCCCCCUCCUCACCAGCGCCCUGGCCUCCCCCUCCGUAGCACACCCCCAGGCUGAAAGCUACACCGCCUCCUCAUUGAUGCCCCCUGUCCUCACAGGGGGAGAACUGGACCCGCUGACAUCCACCCCCACCAAACUGAGCAGCCCCCCACCAGAAUUCUCCUUUAACACGCCGGGGAGGAACGUCCCCCCAGUGUUGUUUGCUGCGGCUGGCCCCCACACCCACAGGCCCUACGGAAACCUGGGACUCGCCUACGGGGCGGUACCCUACUCUGGCAUGCCGAGCCAGGGGCUUAUGCGACCCGGGGCGGGGCUGGGCUUGGGUGUUCCUGGAAUGGGGGCGGGGUUCGGGUUGACUCACAGCUACGGAACGGACUUUAGUAGCUCAAGGGCCCCCCUCCGGUUUGGAACCAACAAUCCUUUGGGGCUUCAGACACAGUACAGACAGUACCAGCCCUGACCUCCUGAACCCUGCCAUGUGGACCCUCCCCUCACAUGAAAACUGUCAGUGCAGCUUAUGAACUUUGAGUAUGGGGGUUCUAGUUUCCAGGCAGCAGAACCUGUGAUGGGAUCUAUCUGAGCAUCCUUUACCUUCAAACCUGAAGUGUUAGAACCUGAGAUGACCGUGUGGAGUGAAGACGAGAGCAGAUGCUGGACAUGAAGGUUUCCGGUUCUCUGAAGCUUCUGAAUGAGACCCCGACUCUCCGGGCCUCGCUUCAGCUUCUGACCCACCUUCAGUCUGAGGACCAAACACUGUUCUGCUACAGGAGGAGAACAAAGUCCAAAACCAGUUCAGAUUGAGUACAUGUUAAGAAUGUAUCCCAGAAUGAUUCAAUCUUGGAGCCUAUGAGUGUUUACGAAGUCACAUCCAGAACUUUUUCCAGAGAAAGUCUAACUUAAAUCGUCCCAGCAGCCACGCUCAGAUGGGAUGUUUUCAUAUUGAAGCUGUCAAAAGAAAGGUUGCUCCUCCCACCCUUUAGACUUCAGUCUGAAGCUUUUGUUCAUUCCUUUGAACGCUGAAAUAAACCCAAGCUUGACACCAAACGUUGCCAAAGCUGGUCUACGUGUGAACUACGGUUAUUGAGUUAUGGGUGUGGCCAGAUCAGUAUCUACGUUUUUGCUUGUUUUCAGUUCUGGUUUCUGUACAUUUAAAGAAGUUUGUUUGCUCCACAGCCAUUUUGUUGAAGUUCACGUUGUUGAUGUUUUUUUUUUGUGUCUUCAUUUUCCAUAAAUGUUGAUGUUUUUUCCUGCUGCACCUUCUGUCUCCUGGUUGGUCAAACGUGAGCGUCAAACUCAAUGCGACUGUGUUGUUUGCACUAGUAAUGUUUACAGUCGCACACAUCUGUGUUACAUCAGUUUCCGCAUUAUGUUAAAAGGUUUGAUCCCUGAGAUGCUCAUUUUAGGGGAUUUCCACUCCAUUCAUAAUCUAGUUUUGCUACAUUCUGAAUUUCAGCAGCUCCCAAGUCUGUGAUCUUUGCUGGUGACGGUUCAUUCAUUUGCUCUGUCUGCAUUUGUGGGUUUUAUGUUUUUGAUUAAAUUGAGUCCCACCUAC